AUGCUUUUUUUUAAGGAUCCCCAAUUUUUAUUAUCAAAAAAAUCAAUACGUUUGAAUAAUGUCGUAAAUAAUAAGAAAUCAUCGAUUAGUUUAUACAAUCAUAAGGAAUUUAAGAAAUAUGAAAGCAGAAAUUUUGUAAUAUUAUUGUCACCUGUAAAUUCUGCUUUGUCUGUUCUUAUAAUUAUUGUAUACAUCGUAUUACUAAAUAUAUUUUCACAGGAGUAUGCUAUAACUAAAGGAUUUCCAAUAAACAACAGAUAUUUGAGGAAUUUGGGAGAAAAAUCUGAAGAAGGUGGUAUAAAUUUUAUAGACCUACAUAAUACAUUUGCGCCCACAAAAACGUUAAGUUCGGGUAGCUAUAAUAUUGAAGCUCCAGAGAGAAAAGAAAAUCCCAAAGUACCAUCUGGAUCUUUUUCGUAUAGACCAGAAAAAAAACAAGAUAGUUUUGAAAAUGAAGGUUAUUAUAGAGCAUCAUCAGGAUCACUUUUUAAUUCACCUGAGAAUUUCCAAGGAGGUCAUAAAAAUGAGGAGAAUCCUAGAGGACCAUCAGGAUCAAUUUUCAGUUCGCCUGAUAAUUUUCAAGGAUCUCUUAAAACUAAGGAAAAUUUUGGAGUACUAUCGGGAUCAUUUUCUUAUACACCUGAGAAUAUUCAAGGAGCUCGUAAAACUGAGGAAGGUUCUAGAAUAUCAUCAGGAUCAUUUAUCAUUAGACCUGAAAAUAUUCAAGGAACUACUAAAAAUGAAGAAGGUUUUAGAAUAUCAUCGGGAUCAUUUUUUAAUUCACCUCAAAAUAUUCAAGGAACUCUUAAAAAUGAAGAAAAUCCUAGAAUGCCAUCAGGAACAUUUUUCGUCGGAACUGAAAAUAUACAAGGAGUUCAUAAAACUGAGGAGAAUAAUAGAAUACCACCAAAAUCACUUCUUAAUACAUCUGAGAAUUUUCAAGGAAUUGGUAAAGAUGAUGAAAAUACUAGAGCAUCAUCAAGAUCACAUUUCAGUAGACCAGAAAAUUUUCAAGGAACUAGUAAAACUGAGAAAAAUUUUACAGUAGGUUCUGGAAUAACGUUUAAUAAUUUUACAAAUAUUAAGGGAAAUCUCAGUGGAAAUGAAAUGGAUCCUUGGGAGCAACAAGGAUUAUUUAAUAGUGAAAAUUUUAGUAAUCAACAGGAUCAAAAAAAAAACGAUGUAAAUCCUAAAAUGCCAAAAGGAACAUUUUUUAAUAAUACUGAAAAUUUUAGAGGAACACAAAAAAAAGAACAAGACACUAAUAAAUCACACGGGUUUUUUAAUAAUGAUUUUUACAACUCUAAUGGAACUAAAAAAACAGAAGAAAAUAAUAGAUAUACCUCAGGAUCAUUUUUUAAUGGAAAUGAUAAUUAUCAAACAUCCUAUAAAACUGAAAAAAAUCUUCAAAUGCCAAAGGGUUCAUUUUUUAGUGGUCCUGAAAAUUAUAGGGAAACAGAUAAGAAAAAUAAUAAUUUAAGAACAGCAUCAGGAUCAAAUUCAAAUCGAAAUGAAAAUUACUUAGGAACCUUGGAUAGCAAAUAUUAUCCUAAUAUGCAAGAAGAACCAUUUUAUAGUGGUCAAGAUAAUUAUAGAGGAAAACCAAAUUCAGAUGAAUAUUCUGGGAAGCAAAGUAAUGUAUAUAAUAAUAAUAAUUAUAAAGCAGGUAAUGGAAUGAAUGUAAGAGAAGAGUAUCCUAGAAAACCAACAGGAAGUUUUUAUGAUCCUGAAAAAUUUCAUGGACUAAAUGAAAUCGAUAAUUUUUCUACAACAUCAUUAGGAGUAGAUUAUAAUGAUCCUCAAAAUUAUAAAGGACAUAAUCAUGAUGUUUAUAAUUAUGAAGAAUUAAAUGAAUGGGAUUAUAGAAAUCAUAAUCCAUAUGAUGGAAAUUAUGACGUUUAUCAAGGUAGUGAUACAAUAGAAAGCAAUUAUUAUGUCCCAAAUGAUUAUAAAGGAAAGAAAAAGAGGAAUCAAGAUCAAGACUAUUUGUCAGAAUCUAUGUAUUAUGGUAAUACUGAUUCUAAAGGAAAUAACCUAACUCAGGAAGAUGAGGAAUUGUUAAAAUCCUUUUAUAAUAGUUUAAACAAUAAUAAAGAAUUUAAAAAAAAAGAAGAAAAACCUACCAAACCACGAGUCCAAACAAAUACAAAACGCAGCACUCAACAAAAUUCUAAAGAAUCAAAUAUAUCUGAAGUGCGUAAAAAAUUUUUUGAUCUAAAUAAUGAAAUAACGGAAGAAAAUUUAACUGAAAUGGUUAGAUCUUUAGAUAAUAUUCCAACUAUUAAUGAUAUUCUCCAUAUAUGGUGGCAAUUACGUGAAGUGGAAAGACAUAAAUUUGCUAUGAUGCAAUAUCGUUUAAUGAAAUACAUUGGACAUUUAACAAAUACAUAUGAUUUAAAUGAAGACUUUGCAAAAGAUCUGUGGGUUGCUUAUAGCAAAUAUAUUACGACUAAGCUAGAAAAGAAGGAGAAUUUUUAUAAUAAAGUUUUUUAUUCAUUUAUUAAAAGAGAUGCUGUUACAAGACAUGCUUUGGAAUGUUUUCUAAGUGAUUGUAUUAAAUCCUUUCAUCAAUAUAUAAUAUAUUUAAAUAAAAAAUGUCAAGAUAGAAUAGCUGUUGAAGUUAUUGAAAAAGUGAAUUCGAGAAAAGUACCUUUGUCUAUAACAAUGGGUGAAUAA